GAAAACACUAGUGUGCGGAUUAAUGGGGGCAAUGGGGUGGAAUCAUUUUGUGGGAAAUCGGGUUCCAUUUCAUUUGUGGGCUCUUCGUUGGUGCUGCAAUUGAUGGCUUCUUCGGUGAUGAGAUCUUCUCAGAAAUUGUUGCCUCAUUUGCUUCUGAUAUCUUCUUCUAUAUCGGACUUGCAACAUUUUUGUUUGUUUACCGACCGCGUUCAAAAGCCGUAUCUUCAGUUUAGCCCAAAAAGAUGGGGCCUCAUCACAGGUCUCAAAGGAUACUUGACAUCUGCAUUCUUCACAAUGGGCUUUAAGGUUUUUGCGCCUCUCGUUGCUAUUUUUGUCACUUGGCCAGUGCUUGGAUUGCCCGCCUUAGUUUCAGUGGCUCCUCUCUUAGUUGGCUACCUGGCUCAAUAUGUAUUUGAGAAACUUCUUGAUAAGCAAGGGUCAUCUUGUUGGCCUCUCGUGCCCAUUAUUUUUGAGGUCUACAGACUAUAUCAGUUGAGCAAAGCUACUCAUUUCAUUGAGAAGUUAAUGUUUGCAAUGAGGGGCGCUACUCUGUCCCCAGAAGUGCUAGAAAGAAAUGGUGCCUUGGUUGCAAUGAUAGUGACUUUUCAAGUCCUUGGUGUGAUUUGCCUGUGGUCAUUGCUGACAUUUCUUCAGAGGCUCUUUCCUUCCAGACCUGUAGCAGAGAAGUACUGA